ACAUAAACACAUACAGAGGCAGACAUCAGUUUGAUUUGAGCACGAGAAAAUCCGGUUGAAAUAGAAACGAAUUCAAGCGUUCAACAAAAUUUGUGCGUUUCUUUAUAUUUUGCAUUUCUCCACCAUACACAUAAAGGAAGCGUAUUGGCGGUUAGGAAACCAGUGUGGAUUCCAGGAACGACCAGUGCAGCAUGCAGAAGUUCGCUAGGGACAAUUGGUUGGCGAGGGCAGCGCAUGAUAAUAUUGAAACAAAACAUCAGAAACAGUGUGAUGGCUUCUUAGGCAAUCUUCUGUCGAAAGGCCUGAAAACCAAUCAAUUGGUUGUUAAUACCGAUGAAAAAACAUUGAGACCAAUUGCACGAUUGAAGGAACCGCGGGAUUUAUUCGCCCUGCCCAAGGAAAAGGAUAAUGAUUGCUCACAGCAGGCCCCCAGAUGGCCUGUUGAAUGCCAGGUCAUUGGGGAGCGUAUUAUACACAUUCCUUACGUGCCAGCGCAGCCUGAACCGCUUAAUGUGCCCACGGGUAAUGAGCUAAAGCCACGUCCAGUUGGCGAGGAGAAUGGCAUUGUUGUAUUUUCCUAUUGUCCUAUAAGUGCUGUAAACUAUGGGAGCCCAAAUACGAAAACUAAGACAGAGGAUAAGUCAAGCGAAGAUUCAGAUGACUCUUCGGAUUCCAGGAACGAAUUCAUACCUCUCAGUCGGAGGCUGACGCUUCAUUCAGGCAAAAAUCAGCUGAACAGCGUGUCUAGCCUAUUAAAUAGGCUAGGUGACAUCUCGACAAGCAACUCUCAGGACGAUGACGAUGACUGCAAUACAAGUGGAGAUGGUAAGGAGUCCCAAGAGAAAACAGACUUCCAAUGUCUCAUCGAUUCGAAGAACAAACUGUUCGGUACUGCAACGUAUGGUACAGACUCCAGCAAAUUAACUAUUAAAGACAACACUGGGAUCAGCGAUACUUGGAAGAACAAUAGCAUUGAGUACAAGCCCGCCUCGCCGCACUACGUGCUUAGUCAGUUUGGCAAAAAAGUUUCUAAGGGGAUAAUUGAGAAGAUUAUCGAUUACGACGAAAAUCCCUUAACUGGCACAGGCAGCUCCACCUCAAGCAAGGUACAAAAUAAAUAUGCAGUUACCCCCUUUAAACUACCCAAAACAAACAUUUCGCGUUUGGAGGUUGCUUUCCAAAGCAGUUCACAUCAAUCUUAUAAUGAUAAGACUUCAAUAUCGCGCAAGAGUAACAAGGUCGGUGACACGGACGAGGACAGCGACGACGAUUGCAGUACAGACAUUGCUAAGGACGAGCCAAAAGUUUCCGUUAGUCGUUUGGCCGGUGGCGCUGAUAAGCGUCCAAGUACCAGUUCUAGCUCUGUAUCGGAUACAGAAACGCUAGUCGGAGGAGAAAGCAUGUGCAGGCUAGCAUCAGCCACCGAUGAUAGAAAGCUAAAGCCAUUUCCUUCGGUUCCAAUACCAAUUUGCACAAGAACCGUGAGCAUGGCGGCAGCAGUUGCAGCUGUCGCAAGGGGGCGUCGUCGAGGCUUUGAAUCAAUUCCAAACGAUAUUGGGGUAACGCAUAUAAGUACUAGCACCAAUACUAGCACUUAUGAACAAGUUAACGAUAAACCCAGUUCAGAGAAUAAUUUUAAUGAACGGGCAUCUUUUCAAUCUCAACCUCUUCCCUAUGAUAUUCCCCAAAUCCAGUUCAGUCGUUCGUCGGUUGGCGGCGCAAAAUACAUGACGAACUGCCAUCCCAUGAACGCAGACGAGUCUGAUAGUCUGGAGUUUGAGUCGCGCUUCGAGUCCGGAAAUUUGGCUAAGGCAGUGCAAAUCACGCCCACCUACUAUGAGCUCUACCUACGUCCCGAUCUAUAUACAAGUCGUUCCAAGCAGUGGUUCUACUUUCGCGUUCGACGCACUCGCCGUAACAUGCUUUAUCGCUUCUCCAUUGUCAAUCUGGUGAAGUCGGAUAGCCUUUACAACGAUGGAAUGCGACCAGUCAUGUACUCUAAUUUGGGUGCUAAAGAUAAAAACGAAGGCUGGAGAAGAUGUGGCAAUAAUAUUUCAUAUUAUCGUAAUGAUGAUGAAAGCAACAACAAUACUAAUGAAGAGGAUGAAGAUAACUCGAGUUACACACUGACCUUUACAAUUGAGUUUGAGCACGAUGAUGAUACGGUGUACUUUGCCCAUAGCUACCCGUACACCUACAGCGACUUGCAGGACUAUUUGAUGGAAAUACAGCGUCAUCCCGUAAAAUCAAAAUUUUGUAAGCUGCGUCUUCUCUGCCGCACACUAGCUGGAAAUAAUGUGUAUUAUCUAACCGUUACGGCACCAUCCAAUAAUGAGGACAACAUUAGGCGUAAAAAAUCAAUUGUGGUAUCGGCACGAGUGCAUCCCAGCGAGACGCCAUCGUCAUGGAUGAUGAAGGGUCUGAUGGACUUUAUAACUGGUGAUUCUACAGUAGCUAAGCGCCUACGCCACAAGUUUAUCUUCAAACUGGUACCCAUGUUGAAUCCGGAUGGAGUCAUCGUAGGUAACACUCGCAACUCGCUAACGGGCAAGGAUUUGAAUCGUCAAUAUCGGACAGUUAUAAGAGAGACUUAUCCAUCUAUUUGGUAUACAAAAGCCAUGAUUAGAAGACUGAUUGAGGAAUGUGGAGUAGCCAUGUACUGUGAUAUGCACGCACAUUCACGCAAACAUAAUAUAUUUAUAUAUGGCUGCGAAAACAAGCGUAACCCAGAGAAGCGGCUUACCGAGCAAGUUUUUCCGUUAAUGCUGCACAAAAACAGCGCCGAUCGGUUCUCGUUUGAGAGCUGUAAGUUUAAGAUACAACGGAGCAAGGAAGGGACAGGACGCAUUGUUGUUUGGAUGCUGGGCAUCACGAACAGCUACACAAUUGAGGCCUCUUUUGGCGGCUCUUCGUUGGGCUCGCGUAAAGGCACCCACUUUAACACACAGGAUUAUGAGCAUAUGGGGCGCGCAUUUUGUGAGACUUUAUUGGACUACUGUGAUGAAAACCCGAACAAAGUAAAACGACAUGCCAAAUUAUUUAAGCAAAUCAAAAAGAUAAGAAAACGCGAGAAACGCGAACAGAAAGCAUUGAAAUUACAAAAAAUGGCCGAUCAGAUUUUAAAUUUACUCAAACAACAGGAAAGACUACGCUCUAAAAUAAUCGAAAGACUGAUGCGCGAAGGCUCAAGCGCCGACGAACCAUUAAACAUACCGCUAUCCGAUUACUCAAGCGACGAGGGAAACUGCAGUUCUAGUUCCGACAAUGAAGGCAAACAUUCAAUAACAGCAUCUGAUCUAGAAGGUCCUUGCUGUGCGCCUAUACGCGCGCCGCCCAGUUCGCCUGAGAUCAUGCAUGAGAUUCGUAAGUUUCGUGUACGCCGAAUGCACAAGGUGAUGCAUGUUUUGGACCAAAUAUACUUCUCACCUGUUCUUCAGAGGAAAUUCAAGGCACUGGCGCGGCUUAAGCGUCGCCGCCACAAAUUGGGAUGCAAGAUGGUCUGUCCCAGGCGUGCGACUGGUGGUGGAGGUGGACAAAUUUCACCGCGCGGUAAUGUCGAGAGACUUGUGAACGGCGAAACGCCAGAUCGCGCUCAGAUAACGAUCAAGACGCCACGCCAGUCGCCUGACUCCGAAAGUUCUGAGAGCAACGGAUCUCAGUCCUCAGAUUUGUUGACGGAUGCUAGCAACGAUGUCAAUCAGACUGGUAAACAGUCUUCCCGUAAGCGCAGUAAAAAAAAGAAACACCUGUCCACAGAAAAGUGCAAGACUAAAGCAUUAAACCGCAAGAUGCGUAUCGACCGCAAUUUGCGACUUUGGCUGGCCAACCGACGUAUUUUUAUUUUUCGCCGAAAAAAGAAUCGCCGGCAGCGUGUUCGAAGUAAGCCUGUUAAAAAGCGCGGCGAAUUGGUGCGCACUGCGCUUGAUUUGCCAACGACUGAUCCGGGAUCUGAUUUGCAUUUUUCUACAGACGAUGAGGAACUUUUCUCAGCUGGUAACGUUACAUUUGGAGCAGUGGCUCCACUUCGUCACACUCUACUCCAGAGCGAGUUGCAGCGCCGCUAUAUCGAAGAAAUUGGUGACUUGGUUGUCCAAAAACCGAAGUCUGGUUACAUGCCACCAGAAUUGAUCGUGACAACACCCUCCAAGAGCACCGGGCCAGGCGGAGUUAAAAGGUUAGACGUCUACAAACUGACGCCUAGUACAGCGCCCGAGCAGCAAGGCAGUCAGCACAGCCAGACUAAUGCCACAGGUGCUCGACGUACAUAUUCCUGGCACAAUCUCAACCAAGAUAGCAGCCGUGUUAGGCCCAACUUUAUCAACGAAUCAAAGCCAGCUGUGAGGAUUCAUAAGACACCACCGCGACGCAGUGUACACAGCAACCUAAUCUCACUUGGCCCUCAAAGACAUGGCACUGAAAGUCAUGCUAACGACCUGCAUGUAAAACUCUCAAUGAAACGAAAAAUUUGGACAGGAGCGCAUGGCGACCCCGACGUCCGACCGUUUGCUUGGUACAAAGGACAGGCCAAGACAAAUGCUCACAUGGCAACCGUAAUGGCUACGGCAGCAGCGACUGCAGCGCUUCGGGGCUCUGGAGGAGGCAACAAGGAACCGUUGACAUCGGCAGCGGGAUCGUCAACAACUACAGCAACUGUGCCACCCCCCUAUGUAGGGGCGCCGCGCAGAUCCCGCAAAUUGGAGCAGGUGGAUUUAUUUAACGCAUGUUCACAAAAACUAUUACUCUGGCAGCAAGAGCAUAAGAAAAUACAGCCGUCAAACACACGCCUAAUGGGCGGGACUAGCGCCAAGCUUGAGUAUCCGCAGAUCCCCAUACGCGUUUGCAAACCAAGCAAGAGCACCAGAACAGCUAGUGGUAACGCUAUCAAUGUAUCUGGCGUAGCUGGUAAGAGUAAGCGCAAAUCCAGUAUGAUUAAAAUUGCUGAGACGACGCAGCUGGUUACAAGCUUUUCGCGGACUCAUAGCAGUGCUAGAGGCUCCGUCAACUUUGCUGUACAGAAACAUCAACAAAUGACUCAGAUGCAACGCCUGAUUUUGAAAACUCAACCAGGCAGCGGUACAGAACACGCUCAAACAGCAUCUGUCAGUGGAAUGCAACACUCUGCUGGACGCACAUCUAACAAGUUCAAGGCUAGUGGCCUAGUCGUCACGGCGGUCCAGCAGGAUUCAGGAGGUGGUGGUGGGGUUUCGAGACGAAUGCGUCAUGCUGGUGGGUCGCUUAUAAAGAGUGGCAGCAGCGGAAUCGCCACUGGCGCACACAACAUGCUACAAUAUCGCAAUACUAACACAUUGCCAGCAAACAAAUCUGUUGCAGGGAUUUCCCUAGACACAGUCAGCCUUGUACGGAAGGUUAAAACGAAGUUGAAAAAGCGAAAGUCCCGCACGGUAGCGAAUGUUGCUACCAAGUGAAAGAUAGCUGAAGCAGUGAGAUUCCCGGACAUUCCUCGACUCCAUAACCGACAACAUCCCCUUAUCAAAAUCUUUCAUGUAUUUGUAUGUGAAUUUGUUUUUAAACCAAAUUUUAGUCAAAUUUGAAUUUGUUAAGGAAAUAAUGCACAACGAUGUGUGCAAUUUUGACCAAUUAGGAAAAUGUGAAAACAUAAAUGUAGCAAAAUUUAUGGGGUACUAAAAUUCCCCUAAGUAUAGGCAUUGCGUAUAAUAUCCAUAUUUUGUAUCAAGUAUUGAAUAUUCAAUGAUUAAUUUUUGGCCGCCAUUUCUUAAAAAUUUCGCAAUAAAAAUUAAUGUUUUGAUCUAA